AUGGUGAUUAGCUGGAAUAAGGACCAGGAGCACAGACUCCUCAUUGUCAUCUGGCAAACCUGCGGCUCCCAUUUUGACUGGGAGGGCGCGGCUAAGCGUAUGGGUGGCAGUUGGUCAUUCCUGGUUACCAUCUUGCUUUGUCCUUUUGUCUGUCUAACCUACUAUCCAGCCUGCACUGCGGAAGCUAUCAAGCAGCACCUCCGCGCCAUCGUCAGAAAGGAACAAAUGAAGCAUCAGGAGGAGGAAGAGGAGGCUCUGCAUGCGGUUAAGGCAUUCAAAGCGAAGAAAGAGACCAAGUCUGGCACCAGUCAGUCGAAUGCCACAAAGCGCGACAAGAUCACCAAGGCUGGUGACUCGUACGCCACCCCGUCUCCCGCCAAACGCCAGCGCAAGCACGGGCCCUCCUCUCCUCCCGCCGCACUCAAGACCCAGGAAGACUCUGGCGAGCUCCUUGGGGACGAGCGGAGCACCUGCAAUACAGGUUACAACGCCUCGCAAGAUGCCACGCUUGCCGGUAACUGGUGGACUCAGUUUAACGACCAACAUUAG